AUGACACUUGGGGGAACACUGGCUCCUGUGAAUUUAGCAAACCCCCGCUCGCCUUUGAUGAUAGAACUCUGUGCUGAAUCAAAACCAAGGCCAUUGCAUAUGGAGCUGGUCGGAAACGCAGGCGUCACUGAAGUAAUCGGUACUGGGGCCGGUGGGAAGGCGCCUGAAACUGAGGAAACGCCUUGCGUUGGGGGCCACAUUGGAGGAGGCGCUAUCAAGUUCGGCGGCGGCGGCGGAGGGGGUAGUGUCGCAAAGCUAUAUGAACCGGUGAUGUCGCGGCUUCUGUACAUGAGCGGCACACCCGAGAAUUUCGGCUGUGGCGGCGGCCGCGGCUGA